AUGAUUCACCACAACAGUGAACUCCAACCAAACAACCCUAAUAUCACAUCGUGCUUGAGCAACCUUUGUCCACGAAGCCCUUUGAAAUGGGGCGCGGACUGGCAAAUGUCAUCACUAUGCCUCUCCCCCACACCUCGUAGCCAACACCAUCGUCGGACUUCAUCAAACUAUAUCGAUGGAUAUAUGGACGAUGAUGUUUUUCACGAUAUGAUGACGCCCGACAUUCGGGAUGAGACUCUUAGACCUACUAGGAAUAGCACCUACUGUGCGGCUCUCUCUUAUGAUACCAGUACUAACCUUGCCCGAGCACCGUCUCUCCCUUCUACCAACAACAGCUCGACACCGCACCGUUCUAGAAGUCCUGUCAAACAAGUAACCGGUCUCCACGACAUUGAAGGUCGGGUCGUCUACGCUGACUUUAAUCAUAACAUCGAGGUGCUCGGCGAAGGCAGAAAGCAGCUUUACCGCGAGCUGACAAAAGUUGCCGACAAGGGUGGAGCGGAGUGGAAAAACGCUGUGCACUCUGGUUUGUUUCGUCUUGUUCUGGAAGAAAGCGGAAUUGCAGUCGACAAUCAAGUCUAUAUUGUCCACCGAUGGAUUACAGUUUGA